GCAAACCAGGAAGUCAUCAAAGUUGUCUACUCUGCCAUUAAGCGCCCAAUCUUGGACAAGAACUAAGAGGAAAGUAUUUCAAACUCACACUUACGUAAGAGCUAUAGACCGCGGCAGCCAAGGAUCACGUUGAUCCUGUAUUUUCCCUCUAAAAAAUGGUAAAACCCGGUUAAAGGUUAAAUUUUGCUUACUACAUAAGCGAGCUAUGGCGAUGACAGCGUGUUCUUCGGAUCCCCAAGUGGCGCUGGAUUUCGCGAGGGUGGCUGUGAAGAAUAUCGUUGCCGGAGGAGGAGGGGAGAAUUUGGCUCCGAGCUCCAAAGGGUUUGCCGCGGCUGCCAGACGCCUCAACACCAACGAGGAAGACGUCCGCCACACUGUCUCGCUAUUGUCUCGAGCUCUUGCCCGUGCUGCCAAGCUCAACGUUCCCGGGGAUCGCAUGGUGGAUUUCCUCGCUAGAUUGGGUUACCAGGAUCAAGUAAGCGAGACAAUAGCCAGCUUCUACAGCGAGCAGCUCCCAUCGAUUCGAUCGGUGGUUUCUUUCCCGCUCGUCACAGCUCCGAUAUACAAGUCUCUCGAGUGGAGGCUCGAUGUGGAGGUUGCGAACCGGAGAUCACACAGCCCAUCCCGACCAUCGUUCCUGCUCAAGCUUACAACCUCUAGUCCCAGCUUUUUGCGAGGAGUGGAUCAUCCAUCACCGCCCGCGAGAAAAGUUCACUACUUGCAGGCCGACUACAAGACGCUGCGAGAGAUUUGUGCGCAGCUCGAGCAAGCACUGAGCGAGAGCAAGUCGUCGCAAACCCGGCGGAUUCUCAGCCAAAUCAAAGAGUAGUCUAGUUUCAAAGCCCUUCCCCAGCUUCCAAUCAAAGUUUGCUUGUUUAGUGAUGGAUUCACUUAGAAAAACGAAAGCGUUGACUCCA